AUGCUGUCCAGGAAGCCUGGAAUCGGCGCUCUCGCCGAAGGCUCCGCUUCGUCUCUCUCUUACCGCGGAUCCGCAAGCGCGACUGGAGCUGCCUCCGCCGCCUCAGGAGCCGCGGGACGCCGACGAGGCGCUCGACAGGAACUGAGAGAAGAACAAAAAAUGGAAGUAAAGGAAGCGUUCGACCUCUUCGACACAGACAAAACCGGGCGGAUCGACUACCACGAACUCAAGGUUGCCAUGCGUGCUCUCGGCUUUGAAGUCAAGAAGGCCGAAGUGCUGGAGCUGAUGAGAGAAUACGACAAACAGAACACGGGGCAAAUCGAUUACAGCGACUUCCUGGAAAUCAUGACGCAGAAAAUCCUUGAGCGUGACCCUGCCGAGGAGAUGGCGAAGGCCUUCAAGCUCUUCGACGACGAUGAUACCGGGAAAAUAUCCCUGAAAAAUCUGCGAAGAGUUGCGCGGGAACUGGGCGAAAAUCUCUCCGACGAUGAACUUCAAGCAAUGAUUGAUGAAUUCGACCGGGACUGUGACGGCGAAAUUAGUCAAGAGGAGUUUUUUGCGAUUAUGAAGCAGACGAGCCUGUAUUGA